UGGGUUGUAAUAAUUGAUCUCUUAUCUAGUUUUAUGGUCUAUGACAGAUAUUGUUCUUGAUGUUGCAGCUCAUUCAAAGAGGGCAAAGCAUAUAAUUAUAGUAUUUUCUAGCUUUGGAGGGUUUCUCUUAUGUCUGUGUGUAUUCCUCUUGAUCUACUAUAAGAAGUCUCAUGAAGGAAAUGUGCAGAGUGCUGAAGCCUUACUAAACAUGCAUGGCUCCCUAUCCCCAAAGAGGUACAAGUAUUCUGAGAUAAAGAGGAUGACCAGAUCCUUCAGCCACAAGCUUGGACAUGGUGGCUAUGGCACUGUGUACAAGGGCACUCUCCAAGAUGGCCGCUCAGUGGCUGUGAAGCUCCUAACUGCAUCCAAAGGAAACGGAGAGGAGUUCAUCAAUGAGGUCGUCAGCAUCAGUAGAACAUCCCAUGUUAACAUCGUCAGUCUUCUGGGUUUCUGCUUGGAGGGAUCAAAGAGGGCUCUUGUCUACGAAUUCAUGCCAAAUGGAUCCCUAGAGAAGUUUAUCUACGCCGAGGACUCCGAAACAAGAACACCAAUUGGGUUGGAGAAGCUGUACGAGAUCUCGGUGGGCAUUGCACGAGGCCUGGAAUACCUGCACCGCGGAUGCAACACUCGUAUCGUUCACUUCGACAUCAAGCCUCACAACAUCCUCCUGGACCAAGACUUCUGCCCAAAGAUCUCAGAUUUCGGACUGGCAAAGCUGGGAUCUCCCAAAGAAAGCAUCCUCUCGAUGGCAGCUCCUCGUGGCACUGUGGGAUACAUCGCCCCGGAGGUGUUCUCCAGGAACUUCGGAGCUGUGUCCAGUAAGGCUGAUGUCUACAGCUAUGGGAUGAUGGUGCUGGAAAUGGUGGGGGGAAGGAAGAGCAUAGAUGCAGCAGUCGAGAGCACCAGCGAGAUCUACUUUCCUCAUUGGAUCUACGAUCGUCUUGACGGGAAGAAUGAGAUCGACAUAUCAGGUUUGAACAGUGAGAAUGAGGAGACUGUGAGGAAGAUGAUAAUUGUUGGUCUGUGGUGCAUACAGAUGAUGCCUGGGAAUCGACCGUCGAUGAGUGAGAUAGUGGAUAUGUUGGAAGGAAGCAUCAAAGACUUGCAGAUGCCACCGCGGCCAUAACAAGUUUCAGAUCAACUGUGUCUUGCCACCAAA